ACGCUCUAACCUUCUCAGUGGACGCCGACAUGUGGUGGUGGCUGCUGCUCGUAACGACGCUCGCGGCGUCGCCGUCGUCGGCGGCAAAACGCGUACCGAGCCAGCAGCAGGACCCCGUCAUCGAAGAGGUCAACGCCAAGCAGCUGGAGAGGCUAUUGGACGAGAAGGACUAUGUUGCAGUGUUCUGGUAUACUAGGAGUUGUACAACUUGUGAUAAAGUUCUACAGGAAUUAGAAAAAAUAGACGAUGACACCGAUUCCUUUGGCGUUGAUUUUGUCAAAAUCAACGACAAAAGACUUGCCAAACAAUACGGCAUUAAAAAUUUCCCGGCCCUUACGUAUUUUAGGGAAAAAGAACCAAUUAUAUAUGAAGGCGACCUGAUGGAUGAGGAGAGCGUUUUGGAGUUUUUGACAAGUUUAGAAGCCAUGGAUUUGCCGGACAGGAUAGAGGAGGUGAAUGCAAGGAUAUUAGAGAAAAUAGUCCAAGAAACCGACUACGUCGCUGUGUUAUUUUCGAAACCCGAAUGUAAGAAAUGUUCCAAAGUCCUUCAAGAACUCGAGAAUAUUGACGACGAGGCCGACCAACUUGGUAUCGGUUUCGUCAAGAUCAACGACGAAGAUUUAGCCGAAGAAUAUAAUUUAGGGGAACUACCAGCCCUUGUCUAUUAUCGACACCAAACACCAAUAAUAUACGACGGGGAAUUGAGCAAGGAGGAAGAUGUCUUAGAGUGGCUGGUCCAACACAAAAGCACAGGGGACGAUGAAGACAUUAUCGAAGAUGUCACAUUUAAAACCCUAUCAACACUGAUAAGCAGCGUGGAAAAUUUGGUCGUAUUAUUCUAUGAUAACGACGAUGACGAGUCCGCAAAAGUGCUGGAAGAACUUGAAAAGAUUGAUGACGAUUGCGACAAGCAUGGGAUCCAGUUCGUGAAGAUCGACGAUCAGGAAGCAGCCCAGGAAUUCGGAUUGGAUGACCUACCAACGGUGGUCUAUUUCGAAAAAGGACUUCCGAACAUCUACGACGGUCAGUUGGACGAUGAAGACGAACUCUUGGACUGGUUGGUGCAGCAGCUAGAAAAAGACGAGAUAGAAGAUGUCACAGAUGAAAUGCUAGACAAAUUGAUCAAGGAAAGCAAAGCCCUUGCAGUCCUCUUCUAUGACAACGACGAUCGAAAAUCGCAACGAGCAUUGAACGAAUUAGAGAAUAUCGACGAUGAGUGCGACCAGCUCGGUAUCGUUUUCGUAAAAAUUGAUAACGAUGAAGAAGCCAAGGAGUACGGGAUCGAGAAGAUUCCAGCUUUAGUUUACUUCGAAAAUGGAAUUCCGACUUUGUACGAGGGCAAUCUGGAAGAUGAAGACAAAGUCCUCAAGUGGCUGGAACAUCAGAUCAAAAGUGACGAAAUUGAAGAUGUUACUGACGAAAUGCUGGACCUCAUCAUUGCGAGAUUCCCCCACGUUGCGGUCUUGUUCUAUGAUAAGGACCAGAAGAAAAGCCAAAAAGUUCUUGUAGAACUUGAAAACAUCGAUGACGAAUGCGACCAAAACAACAUAGUGUUCGUGAAGAUCGACGACGAUGAUGAAGCCAAGGAGUACGGCAUCGACACUAUUCCGACGUUGGUUUUCUUCGAAAGGAAGAUUCCUCAUCUUUACGAGGGCGAUUUGAUGAAGGAGGAUGACCUCCUGGGUUGGUUGCUGCACCAAAAGAAACACUCGGAAAUCCCUGAAAUCACUGACGAAAUGAUGGAACGUUUGAUAGAAAGUACUCAAUUUUUGGCUGUGUUGUUUUAUGAUAAGGACGAUAAGCAAGACAUUCGGGUCCUAAACGAACUGGAAAAUAUAGACGACGAACUGGAGAAAGAAGGGAUUGUCAUAGUACGCAUAGACAACAAAGAAGAAGCUAAAGAACUGGGGAUAGAUCAUCUUCCAACUUUAGUGUAUUAUGAAGAUAAAAUCCCAGCACUGUACGAAGGCGACUUGAUGAACGAAGAUGAAGUAUUGAAGUGGCUCAUUGAACAAAAGAAUACAGCGACAAUUGAAGAAGUAACAGACGAAAUUCUCGAAGAUCUUAUCGAAGAGCACGAGUACGUUGUCGUUUAUUUCAGUGGAAAAUGCGACGAAGGAGACAAGUGUGAUGACAUUCUCGAAGAACUCGAAAAUAUCGACGAUGAACUCGACGAAACCGGAAUUGUGUUUGUCACCACGGAAGAUCUGGGCUUUGCAAGGAAGAACGGCAUCAAGAGCUUCCCAAAAAUUGUAUUCUUCAGAAAUAAGGAACCCCUGAUAUUCACUGGCAACAUAGAGGACGAAGAUGAGGUGCUUGCUUGGAUUACUGAUGAAGACACACUCGAAAUCCCAGACAAAAUCGAAGAAGUGAACACGAAGAUGCUGGACAAAAUUUUAACCGAAGAAGAUUAUGUGGUAGUGUUCUUUUACAAAGAAGGGGAUAAGAAGUCCCAGAAGAUCUUGCAAGAGUUGGAGAACAUCGACGACGAAUGUGAAGAAAAGGGAAUCGACUUUAUAAAAACUUCUGAUCACGGAAUCCAAAAGGAAUACGACCUUCCAUCCUUACCUGCUCUAGCAUUUUACAGGAAUCGAUUCAGGAAUUUGUAUGAAGGAGAUCUCAUGCACGAAGAAGCCAUUCUGGAAUGGAUUUUAGACCUGAGAGAUUCAGCUCCAGACGUGAUAGAAAGUGUUGACAGGAAAACUCUUCAAGUUCUGAUAAAUGAUGUUGACCAUCUUGCUGUGUUUUUCUACGACGAGAAGUGUAAAGAAUGCGACGAGAUUUUGGAGGAGUUAGAAAACAUCGACGAUGACACUGACAAGCACGGAAUCCAAUUCGUGAAGUCCAACGAUGCCAAACUUGCCUCGGAAAUCGGAAUUUUCAGCUUCCCAGCGCUGGUUUACUAUGAAACUGGAGUUCCCAUAAUGUAUGACGGCAAUUUACUAGACGAAACCGAAGUUCUGGAAUGGAUGACUACCCAGAAAAAUGACGAAAGUAUCGAUGAAAUUACGAGAGACACUUUAUUCGAAUAUAUAAACACGAAAGAGUUCCUCGCAGUGAUUUUUUAUAAAGAAGAAGAUCCCGAUAGUCCCAGAAUCCUGAGACAUUUGGAACUGAUAGACGACGAAGCAGCUGAAUAUGGUAUAAAAAUAGUCAAAAUGAGAGACAGGUUGAUGGCCAAGAAGUAUGGAUUUAGACAACCACCUGGUAUCACGUAUUUUAGAAAGGGGAAACCAAUAAACUACGAUGGGGACAUAGAUGACGAGGAAGAGGUUUUGGACUGGCUGACGGACCCAGAAAACAUGGAACUUACAGACCACAUAGAAGUAGUAAACAGAAAAAUGUUCGACAGGAUAAGACAAAGAUCAGACUAUCUCGCUGUGUUUCUAUACAGUGACGAUUGCAAACAAUGCCCGAAAGUAUUGACCGAAGUGGAACACAUCGACGAUGAAGCCGAUGCUGCAGGAAUCAAUUUCGUGAAGAUAGACGACAAGAGAAUGGCGAAAGAGUUUGGAGUUUUUGCAUUGCCUGCCAUACUUUUCUUCAAAAUGGGAUCAAAAGAGCCGGUUAUAUAUGCCGGAGACUUGUACGACGAACAGCAAAUCUUGCAAUGGCUCCUAACUCAGAAAGACCCAUCCGGAGACGUUAUAGAAGAAAUAGAAGGUGAAGAAUUAGUUAAAUUGAUCGAAGAGGAGGAAGCUCUAGCUGUAUAUUUUUGGAACAAGACGUUAUGCGAUGAAUGUAAGGCCCGCGAACAAAAGAGGAGAGGGGGCCAAAAGAAGUCCAAAGAAUCUGAAGAAGAGUCGCGAGAAGACCAACAUGAUAGCGGAGAGUGCGCCCAGUGCGCCGAAGUUCUCGAAGAACUCGAAAAUAUCGACGACGAUUGCGAAAAACACGGCAUCAACUUCAUUAAAACUCAAGAUAUCAAAGUGGCCGAGAAGUACGGGGCCACGAAUUACCCCGUUUUGAUGUAUUUCGAAAAGGGCAUCGGUGGUAUCUUCGAGGGAGACCUCAGCGAGGAAGAGGAGGUGUUGCAGUGGCUGAUCCAGCAGAAAACUGAAGACCGCAUCGAACUCAUCACCCGUCAGAUGCUCGAGAGUAUGGUCGAAGACACGCAGUACCUUGCUGUCUACUUCUACAAAGAGAACUGCCACGUUUGCGAACAGAUACUAGAAAACCUGGAGCAAAUUGACGACGAAUGCGACGUGUACGGGAUUCAGCUGGUGAGGAUAAUGGAUCCCCAACUCGCGAAGAGAUACAGCAUCAAAACCUUUCCUGCUUUGGUAUAUUUUCGAAAUGGGAAUCCUCUGCUAUUCGAAGGGGAUCUUCAAAACCAUCUUUCCGUCUUAGAAUGGCUGACGGAUGACGAUAAUCGCGAACUGGCUGAUGAAAUCGAGGCCGUCAACGAAAGGAUGUUAACAAGAUUAUUGAAGGAGUCGCCAUUUCUUGCAGUAUUUUUCUACGACGAAAACUGUCCGGAAUGCGAAGAGAUUCUGGAACAGCUGGAAGAAAUAGACGGGGAAGCAGAUCUAUUUGGGAUCGACUUCGUGAAGAUUUGUAGCGGGGAAGCUGCAGCGAAUUAUGGAUUCCACAAUCUUCCAACGCUGGUCUACUUUCGGAAACAGGUCCCGAUGGUCUACGACGGGGAUUUGAUGCAAGCCAAUCGGGUUCUCGAUUGGCUCACGUCACUGGACGUCAUAGAAAUUAAAAAUGAAAUAGAGGAGGUCAACAGGAAGAUGCUGGACAAAUUACUGGAAGAAAAUGAAUAUGUCACAGUAUUCUUCUAUGAAGCAAAUUCCGAAGAAAGCAAAAAAGUGCUAGAAAUUUUAGAAAACAUCGACAGCGAAACGGACAACUUUGACAUCACGUUUGUGAAGAUGGCCGACGCCAGAUAUGCUAGGAAAUGGGGAGUCACCCAUCUACCUUCGUUGGUCUUCUUCAGAAGAAGAUUCCCCAGUAUUUACCGCGGGAAUCUGCGUGCCGAAAGGGAUGUUCUCGAUUGGUUACGGAAAAACAGAUUUCGUCAGCCCGAAUUGAACAUCUUCAUGUACGCUCUAUUGGCAAUAAGCAUUGCUUUUGUUACAUACACUGCCUUCUUGCUGCAGUGGUUCAAGACACCCCAGACUGUUGCGACCAUCAACCAUCCGAAACAAGCGUAGCUAUUGAAAUAGCACGUGCCAAAUUGGAAGAAUUUUUCAUUUUUAUCUACGAUAUAUAUUUUUGUUAUUUUCAAGAUUAUUUAUUUAACAAUUAAUUUGUUAAUUCUUCCAAUUGCUGGCACGGAUUCGACAUUCUCCUUGUAAAUACCUGUACGCAUCAAACAAAAUCGCACCGUUUUCACCCACAUGAUAUUAUGUAUAUAUAUAUAUAUAUGUAAAUGGCGAUUACCAUUCAAGAGAUAUAAAUAAUAAAAAUAAAAAACGACCAAGCAUCGUGAUAAAUUUUUAUAAUGGCAAUACUUGAUAUUAUAGCCGUUGAUCCCAAUGUAUUAAUAAUGUAAUAUUUUUAAUGUUAAACCCUCGUUUAGUGUCUAAGAAAAUUUUUGUACGAAAUUCUCAUCUCAAUUAUUGUCAAUGUCCAAGCAAACUUCACUUGUUUUACAGAAGAAUUACGUAGAUUUUCGAUUUAUUUGUUUGCGCAAUAUUAUUUUGUUGAUAACGACAAGCCACCUUUUAAUCAUUCCCAAAAUAAAUAAAUAUCUACUGUGAACUAGU